AUGGGAAAUUGCAUUAGAAAAGAAUCACCAAUGCAAUGGGCCGGCGAAGACUGGGGCUCUCCGGCAGCGCCGGAACACCUUUUCUCCGGCGAGGAUGCCCUUCUACGAAACGCCGACAAAAAUAACGAGGCGGCGGACGUUUCUUCUCCUCCUUCUACUACUGCCACGUCGGCAACUAAAACGACAGAGGUGAAGAUCAAGAUCACGAAGAAGCAGCUGGAGGAGUUGCUGGGUAAGGUGGAGGUGCAGGGGCUGUCGGUGCCCCAGCUGCUGGAUCAACUCAUGAGCGCCAGUGAUCGGUUCGUGGCCCAGCAGAGGUCCUGGAGGCCGGCCCUGCAGAGUAUUCCUGAGAUCAACUGA